AUGGCGACCGCACAAGUUUCCCCGGACUUGCCCAAGCCUUCUUUUGCAAAGGUCGCGGCCUCUGUCACAAAGGAACCUGCGUCAGCAGCUACCGCUGCCAAAAAUGAUUUAAAUAUACCCAUCACAGCCGUCAUUGCCGAUGGUUCGUCCAAUCACGAGAGCAAACGAGCUGCAGCAUCCAAAUCAAAUGGAGCCGCCGCCAUAACAUCAUCCCUAAAUGACCUCAGCAUCUCCUCAAAAGUCCCUAGCUUGGUGGUUGAUGGACGUGGGUCGAUGCUCGAAGCCGAACGUCAACGAUCCCAACCAGGAAAGGAGAGCGGUUCAGAUGAUUCUCAGAAAUGCGAUUCUAGCUCAGAACUGGGCACUAAGCCACCUAGUUUAGACGGGAAGAGCAUUACGUCCGGGACGACAUUUGCGCUUGACGAAAAGGAGUCACUCCGCCCUGACGAUAGUGCUAGUGUUAAGGCUGCGGCGGAGGACGAUGACACUUUUUCCAUCCGUGGUUCGCUGGUGGCUGGUUCUCGAAUGAGCUCGGAUGUAGCUGUUAGGACCAAGGGAAUGCUGGCAGGAGACUUGGCCGAGCGACGGGCAGCCCAUGCCGCGAUGGGUGUCCCUCCUCAUGGUAUCCUCACUCCACAGAGUGCUUCGUCUGAACGUGGCCAACCUCUCGCUGCAGCUGUCCCCCUGAGUGCAGAAGGAUCUUCCGAUGCCCUGAACGUGAUAUACCGACAGGCUCCCGACGAAAAGCUUCUGGAUGCGUUGGCAAGCCCUAGAGAUCGGUACUUUUUACUUCGACUGGAAAAGGAUGUGAUUGACUUCGUUCAAGAUUCCAAGGAACCGUACAUGGAUUUGCCGCCAUCCAACUCCUUCUGUAGGAUGCUGACGCAUAAACUUGCCGAUUAUUACCACAUGACACAUUCCUAUGAACCUCACAUUGGGUCAGUUCGAAUUUUCAGAACUCCGUUCUGCCGGGUCCCGCCAUCUUUGGCCAAUAUGGCUCCUCCAUCCAACCCAUCUACGAGUAGCACGCCGCCCCCUGCCGUCUUUCCGAGGAGGAUCAUGCGACGUGGUCAGGAUGGGGAUGGUGUGGCGAGUUCCAACGCCUCAAAGCCUACAUCAGAGUCAGGAAGUGAAAUCAAGGACGGCAAUAGGCUGGCUGGGAAUCCCAAACUUUCACGAGAAGAGCGCGAGGAGUUAUAUAAGCUGGCCCGCGAACGCAUAUUUGGCAACUCGGAAGAAAGCAUUCCAGAGAACGAGGGUGAAAUUGGCAUGUCUCGCACAAGUUCAAUAUCAGCUAGCAAUAAGGCAGCCAACACGAAAAGAGCCAAAUCUGGGAAGCAACGUCGAGACGAUUCUGACAGUUUCGACUCCCGACAUCAGUACACCGCUUACUGGGGACCUCAACAACAGACAUGGGUACCUCAGUCUCAAGGCCAGUAUAUCCCUUCAGCGCCCGGCCAAUUUGCUCCCCAGCCUCAAACGUCAUAUCCAACCCAAGCCCCUCCAGCGUACAACCCACAAGCUGCUGGCUACGCCAAUAUGCCAGUCAUGGCACCCAACCCACCGACCUAUCCCGGCUAUGGCAUGCCACCGCAAUAUCCACCUCAACCACCACAACAGCAGCGAUUCCCUUCUGGUGGCAGCCCUAUGACAACAUACGGCACUCCUGUUGGUCCUGGCGCAGCACCACCACAGCAAGUUUGGGCACAGCCAGGGUAUAACCAACCCUCGUUCUCUCCACGAGCGCCGGCGCCUGCGCCCGGUCCGCCUCAGGUUGGAAUUCCAUAUGCGUAUGGACAACUCCCCGCCAACGCCAACCCCAAUGACCCUAAAAGCCAGCACCCAAUCCCUGGCAGCUACAACCGAAACCAUGCUUUCAAUCCCAAGACUCAGUCGUUUGUUCCUGGUGGAAACGGCAUGCCGGUAGUGCCACCUCCACAGCCGCCCUUCACAGCUCCAGGAUCCCAUCACGGCAGUCCACAGAUUGGCACCCCGCCUCAUUUAGCUUACGGUGCCUAUCCUCCGUCUGUUCCUCAACCAUUUGGCGGAGGGUACGUCAUGGCACGGCAAGGAUCGAGCAGCUCAAUGCCCGGCUAUCACACUGUUCCGCAUGUCCCUUCACCACACAUGCAACAGCCUCAACUACCUUCCAUGCCAGCCAUGCCUCAUGUUCCUCCUCCACAGCAACACUUACCUCAAGCCUCUCCGGCCCAUAUUCCCGGCCGGCCUCCAGUGCAUGUCCCUCAGGGGUCCGGCCAGAUAUUUACUCAUUUACCUACCUACGGUAACCCGGCGAGUCUACCACAGAAGCCGGCCACCGGAAUUUAG